AUGGUCACGCCGGCAGCCUCUGAGGUCGAGACGAGGCUGCCGGCGUCGCCGCUGCAGCUCUGGGCAUCACCUGCACAAGCCAAGCAGACUUUGCCGAACCGACUAGCUGCCGCCGCGGCGGUUGUGGCUGGGCUGCAGGCAGGCCUGUGGCCGGCGCUCGGCAAGCUGCGGGCUGCGGUUGGCGCAGCGCUUGUUACAAAUUCGGCGUGCCCAGUGAACGGCUUUAAGGUCGAGACGGUGGCGCGGGCCAGCGGGCUGCCCGAAGACAUGUACAUGUGCGGCACCGACGACCCGGAAGGACCCAGCCCCCCAAUGACGUUCGUUGGCACCGAUGACGAGAAUUACGGCGGCAAAAACGGGGUGAUUUUGGUUUUUGGUCAUCCGUCAAAAUAUCUGAAGAUCUGUCUAUAG